GUUUGAUUUAUUAAUAAAUUACCUAUUCACUUUUACAUUUAUCGCAAGUGAAAUAAAAUUAUUUUUAGUUUAUAAAGUGAUGCAAAACAGGAUUAAUUGGUGUUUGUAUGUGAUGGCAAACAAAUAGAGCUGAUUUGUGAAAAAUGUCGAUGGAUUGAAAAUCGAUACUGCACUGGUCUUGUCAUUUGAGCACUUUACGGCUACUAGUUCGUCUUAAGUCGUUUGGAGAGCUUUGGAUUACUAGCGUAGUUUCAUUCACUCAGAGUCACAUCUUUGGUCGAAAUAUGGCUGGUGUUAGGUUGGUUUGGCAAUGUAUGUUUACGCCCAAGUUAUACAAAGUAUACAGUGACGCCGCAGUGUACGAACCCGGCCAAUUAGAAAAAUUUGGUGACCAAGUCAUUAACUCGUUGUAUCUAGCUUGGAACUUUGGGAUUUAUACAUCACCAAUUGUAGCUGCAAUAUUGCACAGGAAAGGCUUAUUUGUUGUUGAUGGAGUGCUCACAAUAGCCAAGUUUAUUACUGGUCUUGGACUCGUACUAGUUGCAUCUUACUUCAUUCGUGGUAUUGGCAGGGCCAAUAAUCAGCAGUACAUAAGAUUUGUGAGGGCCUUAAAUGCAGCAAAAAAUGAUUACAACAAAGACACAAAGAAAGCUUUAUCAGCAUAUGACUUCGAUUUCUAUGCAUGCCCAGUUGACUUCCGAUGGACUGAAGUUGUUGGGGAGGAGAAGAAAUUCAGGAUGUACGCCGACAGACCAUCGGUUCGAGGUUCAGCAGUUGAGAACGUAUUUGCUAUACCUUGUCACAUUCUCACUUACAUAAUUGCUCACACAUUUGGAGUGAAGUUAAUGUAUCCUGGAUCUAUGAAGAUGAUGCAGUACAUGCUGUUCCCAAUGCUACUACAAGGUAGAACAAAGUUGAUCACUGAACACAAUGGUCAACGAUAUAAGCUGAAAUCAAGGGAUGGAAAUGAAAUUGACACCAUGUUUGUAGACAAUAGAAACAAACAUGAAAAUGGAAGUGUCUUAAUCCUCUGUUCAGAAGGAAAUGCCGGAUUUUAUGAAAUUGGGAUUAUGACCACUCCAAUAGAAGCAGGUUAUUCUGUACUGGGAUGGAACCAUCCAGGUUUUGCUGGCAGCACAGGAGCACCAUAUCCACCCCAAGAACUUCAUGCAGUUGACAUUGUAAUGCAGUUUGCACUUCACAAGCUCGGAUUCAUGCCAGAAAAUAUAGUACUUUUUGGUUGGAGUAUUGGAGGAUAUGCAACAACAUGGGCAGCAAUGAACUAUCCUGAUGUGAAAGGAGUGAUACUGGAUGCUACAUUUGAUGAUGUUAUGACAUUAGCUGUCACACGAAUGCCACAAUUGCUGGAGCCUAUUAUAAGACAAACUAUACGCAACCAUUUGAAUCUUAAUAAUUACCAGCAGCUGGCUAGGUAUCCUGGGGCAGUGUUAAUCAUUAGGAGAACUGAAGAUGAAGUAAUUUGUACAGAGGACAUGAAUCUUGCCUCAAAUAGAGGUAAUCACCUGUUACUGAAAUUAUUGAAACACAGGUAUCCAUUGAUUGUAGACAAUGAAACAGUACCAACUUUAAUUGAAUGGCUUAGUGCUGACAGUACUCAGCAAUCUCAGUUGUGGAACAAACAUGCCGUCGAUGAGAGUCUCUGCACUUCAGUAUUACUUUCUUACAUAGCAGAGAGCUCUACUUCAUAUCCAAUGCUUCUUGGUGAAGAUUUUGCAAAGGACCUGAAAAUACAAAUGACAUUGUUUCUUGCAUCGAAGUACAUGAUAGACUUCAGAUCAAGUCAUUGCACACAGCUGCCUACAAAUUUAUUCAGAAUGCCUUGGGAUCUCUCUCCAGAAUCUGAUUAUGUAAAAAUAUGAAGAAGAAGUAAUUAUGGAGAUACGAUUAAGAAAAUAAGUGAUACACUGUUUAUGGAUGUAUACUGCAUAAGAUUUUACAUUGUAGUGCUUUUAUUGUGUAUCUAUGUAUAUAGUCAGAAUGGUACCAUGCAUUCCAUUUCAUUUUUCUUUGUAUAUUUAUUUUCAUUGACUCAUCAUUAUAUAGAGCUUACAACUGGUAAUACUCAUGAUUUUUUUUCCCUUCUCUGUAAGUGUUUAGUGUGUAUACAGUUGCUCCAUGUGUUUAACUCUCUGUGGACCUUUUGUGGUAUUAGGUAUUUGCAAACAUUUUAAAUACUCAUUUGACUGCAAAAUAUGCUUUGAAUCUGGAUCAUGCAUGACACUUUUAUUUUUAUUUUCUGUAAUUGUUUUGUAUCGGAAAAUUAUGAAAUUCACUUAAAAUGUAAAAUUUUGAAAUUGAAUAAAUAAUGAUUUCUUGGUCUA